AUGGAAGAAACUGCCAUGUCUCAGUCUUCCGAGGAGCACUUGGAUCUUCCUUUGCUACCACGUGAGCUCUUCUGGAUGGUUGCGGACUUGCUCAGUCCCAGGGAUAUAGUCCGUUGCCGGCGCGUCUCGCGGUUGUGGAACGAAGCCUUCGGAGACCCAGCAAAUCUCAUCCCGCUUCUAAAGAAGCUGUUUCCACUAGCGAGCGAGGCCAGAAAUCAAUUUGCGGACCCCGCACAUGCUCUACAGGACUCGAGAGACGACAAAUAUUGGCGUUCGCUAUUUGACCAAGUCGCAGCUAGAUAUGACCAUCUCAAUCGGGGCAAACCUAGAUCGAUUCAACGCCACAAGUUGUGCGAGGAAUUUGGUCUCAACGGAGACCGGGAAUGGUUUCAGGUGCAACCCUGGGACAUGCAUGCCAGUCAUCUGAUGCAGAAGGUGGAUUUGCCCUUCUCAGAGCCUUUCUGGUCGUAUGAGGAUGGUCUGUUGGUGUACCCAAGCGCAGACCAUUCCUGCUUGACUCUUAUGGAUCUGAACAGCGACAGACGAUUCAUGGUCCCAUUUAUCAUCACAGGAAAGGUGAUUCGCAGAAUUCGGCUUCAACAACGAGUACUCCUUGUGGAAUGGGCCGAACCGAAAGCGUUCCAUUGGUUGAAUGACAGCGAUGGCGUUCAUCGACAUUUUGCUUCCUCCUUUGAUGUCACCAAGACUUCCAGUGGAUGGAGCAUAUCCUUUCGAAAUGAAUGGAAGAUUAUGUUUUUGGGACAUCCGCUCAGCGAGAGAGACAGGUUCUUCUCAACUCAUAGCCAAACCCACUAUGCUAUAUACAUCUGGCAACCCAAUCGCAGUCUGUACACUGCAGACGACGAUGCUCCGAUAGAGUCGCUCUCUGUGUGGGAUAUCUCCAAGCCAUCUUCUUACAGACCCUCGUUGGAUCCAACAGGACGCCUACGGGAGGAAGGGCAAGAUCUGGGACCUCACAUUGUUUCGCGCUUUGGCUUCAGAGAGUUGGGAUUCUACUCUGUUAGACAGCGAGGUCUCCCCGGCAUACAAUGGUUGAACAUCGUGGAUGAUAAUCAGGCUAUUGAGAUCUACGAAAACAUAUGCACAGGCCCCGUUGAUCGGUUUGUUGGACCGGCUGAAUGGACCUCGCAAGUUCGUGUGAUCAGCAUUCCAAUCAGUGGGCUCGGUCCCUGUUGGAGGCGAAAUCUUGAUCUUGUACUGCCUCCUUAUCGUGGAAACAGUAGCCUACAAGCCGAUCCCCUUACACUUGGCGUUUGCGAUGAGCCAUGGUACACCAUAAUUUCCGAGGCAGUUGAUGAAAAAGCUCAAGUGGGCUUUUGUCUCCAUCUACUCCAAUCCACAUGGCCGUUCAACCUAAAAGCUUCAUUGAGCAUCCGGACGCCUUCUUCGGCUAUCACCUUGAAGAACUACGAGAUUUUUGAGCUCACGGGCAAAGGAAGGAUAUAUGGAACCGAACGGUAUCUGCUCGGCGAGAACAGCAACCGCGAAUUGGUUAUUUACCGGUUCGAUAAGUGA